AUAAUUCUCUAGAGAUGACAAAAUUGCAGGAAUCACACCUCCGAGGACUCGCCUGGGUUCAAAAGACUUUCGGCCUGGAGCCUCGAUGGACUCUUGGGCCUGAGAUUGAGGCUAUUUAGCAGACCAUACAGUCACUCUGGCCGUCAAGCACAGCUACAGUGACUUUCCUAGGCCAGGGCGCCUUCAACAAGAUCUACGAUGUGAAAAUAGACAACCGAAUCUUCAUCAUGCGGAUCUCAUUGCCCGUCGACCCGUACCACAAAACUAUGAGCGAAGUUGCGACACUGGACUGGAUCUCCCGCACUACAAGUAUCCCUGUUCCACAAGUGAUCACUUACCAAUCUUCUCGAGAUAACCCGAUCGGAUUUGAAUGGAUUCUAAUGACCAAAAUGCCUGGGAAGACCCUGGGAGACAGCUGGAAGUCUCUCUCUUUUUUAUGCUAAAUCAAAUUUGGUCAGAGAGAUUGCGGCAUACUCCGCUUGUCUUUUCCGAAACCAACUACGAGGAAUCGGAAAUAUCUACGGGGCAUCAUCUGGCGUGGGCAGGAUUGUUUCCAUGCACUUCUUCUGGGGCCCGCAUAUCCUUCAGGAUGUUCAUCGAGCUCCAUUUCGCUCUAACAAGGACUGGAUCACAUCUCGCCUCUUGCUUAGUGAAAGCGACUGCCAUGCGGUUUUGGGAGAUCUCAACAGCAACGAUGAAGACGAAGUCGAUGAUGCAACGAGAACAUUACAAAUCAUCGAGAAACUUCAAUCCCUCCUUCCACUGUUUUUUCCAUCCGGUGAUGAGCAUGCAGAAAAAUAUCCUUGUUCAGAGUGGCGGAGAGCUGGCAGGCGUUCUAGACUGGGAGUGCGUUUCUGCCCUUCCGUUAUGGAAGGCCUGUGACUACCCUGCCUUCCUUCAGGAGUCGCCACGACGCCUGGAGCCCGACCCGAGAAGAUAUGACCGUGAAGCGAAUGGGGAACUUGCCGACCUCUACUGGGAGCAUCGAUGGGAGUAUGAGGUCACUCUCCUUCGCGAGAUAUUUGUUGAUGAGAUGAAACGACUUGAGCCCGGGUGGGUGGAUGUCUUCAACAAGAGCCAUCGUCAGAGAGACUUUGACAUUGCAGUAGAGAACUGCGACAAUGAAUUCGUUGCCCGCCAUAUACUUGCAUGGAUCAACUAAACAACGGGUUGACUGGCUAAUGAUUAAUUCCUAGGGAGAUACUAUUGUUAGCACUUUCCAGUGCUACACUGCAUUCAGCCAUGCCUAUCCAUAACCUCCAUAUGAAGAGCGCAUAAGUGCCCUCAUGGCAACACCAACCAUAAGCUUUCUCAAAUACUAACUAUAAUAGCUAUGGCUAUAUAUAUAUAGUCUAUAUCCUAACUUAUAUAUCAAGCUUAUUAAAUGGGUGAGUUAUAUGCCUGGC